CUACUAUUAUACAUAAAUAUCUGGACUGGACCAGACCAGAGCUUGGAUAUCAAUGGCGGACUAUACUACAGAGAACAAUCUUCAUCAUCAACAUCAACAACAACAAACCCUAAUCUCAAAAGAAACAGCACUCCAAGCUCUCAACACAAUCGUCCAACUCCAUUUCGAGAAAACCCUGGAAAAGAAACGAGCCGUGGACGCCCAAAAAAAAGAACUCUGGAAACUCUUCCAGAUCUUCUUCCUAUUCCUCUCAAUAAUCUUCGCCACCAUUUCCCUUUCCCCUUCCCACCGUCUCCAGUGCCGCCAUUGUUGGAUCCCGAUCGGACUUCUUUCUCUAGCCCAUCUAAUCUUCUACGUCUCUGUUGCUCAAAUCCUCAGAUGCGUAAAUGGGUUCAAGUAUCAGAGAAGAUGCCAUAAGCUCACACUCGGCCUUGCCACGGAGCGGCUACGGCAGAUGAAGAUGAGAUACGGCGGCGGUGGUGGAGGAGAGGAUGGGGGAAUAAUGGGUGAUGAUUUUGAGAUACAUUAUCAAGAACCGCCGGAGAGUUAUUUUGGUAAGUUUAAGAGGAAUUGGGCGUUGCAUUUUGGGUUUUUGAUCUUUGUUUAUGGGUUUAUGAUUUCUUCCACUGUCGUUCUUAUCUGUUUCUAGAUAUAUAUAUAUAUAGAUCUCAUUGUUCUAGAUAUUCCAGGGGAGUUGAUUUGUUUGGAAAACUGGAUUCAGGAUAGAGUAUCUUUCAAUUAGUUUGAUUCAUUACAUUGGGUGGGUUGAGUUUGUUCUUCAAAAUCUUGAGAAUUCUUAGAACUUUUAAGUUGAAUCUUAUUUAGAACUCCUUUGGAUUGGAAUCAUGUUUUAGAAAUCCU